CCUGCCUUUCUCGCAUCCAGUUGCUCCUUCCCUGCGUUCUCCUCAUUCCUCUCUUCGACUGUGUUGUAAACUGCUGUGUACUGCUUUGUCGGUUGUUUCUCUUCCUUUAGCAUGCCUUACAUUGGGCCCAUGGUCUUGGGUCUGAUGUGAUCCAUCCCAUCUCAACCCAGCGUGUGGGACUCCGGCCGUCUCAGUUAAAACAGGUGCAAGAGACUUGCGUGGUGUUUCUCGAAGGGUCUGCAGCCUGCUCUAUGGCUGCUCCUGCACCUCUGCCAAGCAGGUGCCUGCAGCACUGUCCUGGGACAGGCGCCUGGAGGCCACACCUGGUGCGUGCAUUCAGCGCAUGUUCCGCUACGCUCUCGGUACCAAAGGAAAACGCUGGCCGCCCUGCAAUCCCCCAGCCAACGCGUCCUCUGCUCUCCCUGGGGGAUCAUCCUCAUUUUUGUUGCGCUUCCCCCCGUGUCUACUGCACCGCAGCCCGGGGUGCAGAGGCCUCCCCAGUGGCACUCCUGUUCCCUAAGCGUCCUGUCCCGUAGCCACCCCUCCCAGGCAGGGUGCUGCUAGGUGGGGCCGGUGCCCGGCCCCGGAGCGGCUGCCACAGGCCAGGGCUCCUGGCUGGCAUGUCCAGCCUCGAAACCUUCAGCUGCUGAGAAGCAGGAGCAGCCACUUGCGGACAGAUGGUUCCUGCCUCCCGCAGGGCCGUCUGCCCCACAGUGCUGCCUGCUGUGUGGGAAAGUCCUGCAGGUGCCCCAGCCGCUCUGGGCAAGGUGGGAGUCGAGCUGGAAAUGGGUCACUGGGGGCCAAGGUGGCUGGAGCCAGAGCUCAAAGGAAGGGCUGUUGCUGGCAGGGCUUGAUGUGGUGCAGCACGAGGGGUUCCUCUUCACUGCAGCCAGAAGAAACUGAACUCCCUGGAGGCUUGUGCCAGCGGUCCUGCGGAAGGGUGGAGCAUCCAGGACAGUUGUCUCGGCGGGUGUUGGCAGGGAGCGUGGUUCAUCUGCUGGAGCCAGGGGAAGGUUUAUUGUCCGUGAUCUUCACCCCUCAGUCUCAGUGCAAUGGUUUCUGCUUUGCUCUCCAGGAGAAGUGGCAGUGUGCCGCCACGGCUCUAAUUUACAGGUUCUUGAGACAUCCCAGCUUAUAUGCAGUGACUGUUAAAACCUUGAGAGGAGAAUAAAGGCACAGCAGUUGUGUGCAGACGCAAACACUGCCAGAAACGCAGCUGGCAUGGGUAAGGGUCAAGCAAUUUCCACUGUUCUGUUUUACACAAGCUGACCCUAUGAGAUGAGAGAAUGGGAGUGGGAGUUUUCCAGAGUCUGAGGUCUGGCUUGGGGUAUGCUUAAGACUCGCCUGUGUCAGGAUUGUUGGCAAGGGGGUUUCUGUACCGUACUCUUUACCCAGCUGUCUGGCAGUCACUGACUCCGUUUCCUUGAGCCAAAAGCUGUCUGUCUCUGGUUUUGGUUUCUAUAAAUUUCAGAGACUAUUUUUUGCCACCUCUACCUUUCUGUCCGAGCAAAAACCAGCAAACUCCUCUCUUCCUUGCUUUGUUUGGGAGACAUGGGCAAUUUAGCAAAUAUAAGAUGUGCUGGUGGGCAGUACCUAAAAGCAACUGUGUAGCCAAAAUAAACAUUGGUAGGAUGCGAAUUCUCCAUGUUAGGUGUGGGGCAGGGUGAUGGGCUAAUCAGACUGGGGAGCUGAGUUGUGGGAAGAGGUAUGUGCACUAAACAGGUCAUAAACAAGUUACGCUGCUGUUAGUGAGACAUGUAAUUUUUUAAAUUCUAGGUUAGCUUUAAGCUGCUUCAGGCUUCUUUUGGAGAAGGUACACAAGCAAUUCAGUGGUAUGUGUGGCCCUUAAAGAUCCCCGAUUGCUUCUCAUCAGUAAGGUAUUGACACAGGUCUCCUGGCUCUGCAGGCUCAGUUAAUUACUCUGCUUCCUGAAAUUUCUACUGCAAGAUGGAGAUGGAUUUAGGGCUGUUCUGUUUAUUCUGAAACAGAGCUCCCAGAAAGUGCAGGCUGAUGCUUGCGUUGCUUGUCAUAGGCUUUAAAAGUCCUCAGCUUGAAAAGUACAGCAGAAAUGGGUGGUAUUAAAUAACGUGGUAUUAGACAUGGCAUCCAUGGCACGUAUCCUGUAGUGGGGCAAAGGCAGCGCACAAAGCUUUGUUUGCAUCAUCUGUAUCCUGCAGACCUGGGGUGUGGGCUGUGGGUUGGUUUGUCAUGGGGAUGUCAUUACAGGUUAGGGUUUCUCUUUUUUUCGAAACACCCGAUGUGCGCAGAACUAAGAGUGUUCCCACACUUUAUUUUCAGACAUCUCCCAGGCAAAGCUGCAGGGUUGAGUUGUGAUUUGUGGGGCAGCAAGGCCUGUGGAGUUUAUCCAGUUCUCUUAAACUGCUGCUGUGCUGCUUAGAAAAUGACCGUCUGUAAUUGCAGCCUGUGCCUUGACUUUUAGGGACUUGGGAUGCAAAACCAAGAGGCAAAGUCAAAACUGAACAAUCUGCUCUUUUUGUACUUUUUUAAGGAAAUGUCAGUGUGAGCAUUUUGCAUGCAGCCUCGCAGGGUCGUGCAGUAGUCUCGGCUCAGCUGUGUAGGUGCGUGGUGCAGCAGAACACUUGUUAAAUUCCUGGGAGGCAGGAGGUAUGUCCUGGCUCUGCUCUAAACCUUAACUGGGGUAACAGUGCUUCCUCUCGGCACUCUGAGUGAAAUGGAUAGCAUGUUCUAGGCUUACACCGAAAGGGAAUAAAGGCCUAAACCCAGGUAAUCCUCGAAGCCUUGUUGACUUCAUGGAUUGAAAGACUGACUUGGAAGUUGGCGCUUCUUUGCUUAAUUUGGGGCUACUCAGGGGCAUCUGAUUCUGCCACUGGAGGCCAAUUGAAAGUCGAUGAGAGCAGGGUACCUCUGAAACCUGUAGCUGUUGCAUCCCUUGUAGCUAAGGCUCUCCUCUCAUCUGUCCUGUCUCUCCCCUUUGCUUGUGUCUGUGCCACAGAGUGAGCCCCUCUUCUGGCACAGUGGCCACGUAAAUUGACUGCUGUGGCUCUGCAGGCUUUGCUGGCGCAACGGCCAGUGAGGCAGAGAUGACGCGUGCUGGCACAGAGUGGAUGUGCGUGUCCCUGGCCUGCACAGCUGCAGCCUGGGCUAAAGAAGGCCAAGGCUGCCAGUGGUGGUGAGGAUAAUGGAGUGAGUCCUAUGGCAACGUGGCCUUCUGCUUACCAGUGUGGUGUCUGGUAAGCACAGCCAGAGGACUGCAGAGGGACUGAGUCCAGGGCAAGAGUUGCUGCUGGAAGAACUGGAGGCAGUGCUGAGGCUGAGGGGGCCAUCUCGCACCAGGAAACUCUGACGGGAGGAGGAAGAGAAGGCCAGGGUGAGGUGAGGUGAGGUGAGGCUGGCAGCAGGAGUGGAAAUGUUGGGUUGAAUCUCCAGCCCUGGUUCUCUUGGAUGCCUUGUGCUUCUCAGCACCAGCUCAGGGACAGGCAGGGAUAAAGUAUCUAAAGUGGUACAUCUUGUCUACCCCAAGCAUCUGCUGCAUGGCAGGAUGGAGCCCCGAGUCCUGGUGUCUGGCCGCCUCAUCCUGCCAAAGCCUUUCAACAGUGCUGUGAGACCAGCAGAGAGACCUCUGGUGGGGGUGGCAGAGGGCAGUUAUCUCAACCUUUGGUAGAAAUCCUGGAGGUGGCUGCUUAGCCUGGGUAGUGGUAGCCUGGCAGCACAGUGAUAGCAGGCACUGCCAUCAGCUGCCUGCUUGGCUGACGCAGGUUGGGGGUGGUUUUGUCCUUGAGGGAACUUCUCAGAAGCUGCACCUCAGUUUAUCUUUGAACUGGAGGCAGAGACAAAAGCUGUGUGAUCUUGUUUCAGUGGAAUGCUGGGGGAUUAAUUAGUUCAUAGCUGUUCAGAGGUGCAAACUAAGAGCUAGUUGUUCACAGCACAUUGGGGCCUGAAUCUCAUCCUGAACUACAUCUCUUCAUGCCCGCCAAAGUUUUUCUACUACUACACAGAUGGAUGUGUUUUCAGCAAAGGCUUCCAUGUGGAAGAUUAAAAAAAAUAAAAUAAAAAGUAACUCCAAGCUUGGAAUUAUGCUGCCAGGGAGAAUGUUUACAAGGAAGCAGCCUGAUAAACAAGGAAAUUUGGUGAGUUGCAAAGAGGUGAAAUUCUACAGUGUGGCAACAAUUCCCAGCUUGUCAGAGCCUCACAGUGGUCCCAGCCACCUCAGGCUGGCUACAGGAUCUUCAUUUUUACAGGCAGCCGCAGGAAGCUAGGUUGGACUGAAAAAGUAACAGAAUUACGUGAAACUUGUCUGAGUCACUGACCCUGCAUCUCCGCUAGUUCUUUCAGGGCACUGCUCAUGGCAGAGGACAGAGGAGGCUGCAGCUGAGAGGAGAUCUGCCCUUUCUGGUCACCACGAAUUUCAGAUCUCCUCCCCUAGCCUCUCCCAGUCUUUUGUACUUUCCGUGCUAAUCCAUCCAGUGCAGCGUAAACUGACAGAGGCAGCAGCUAGAAACCCUGCUCUGAAAGCUGCUGUGAAUGCCUCAGGACCAGCAGCAGGCAUGCACAUGAAAACCCUGCUCAUCCUCCUCGUUCUGGCUUCAGCCACAAUAUUUGCUUUAGUCUGUGUGUUGCUGACAAGAGGAAGGGCCCCCAGCACCUGCCAGCACCAGCCCCUGGAGCAGGAGGACACCGAUGAUGGCCAGAGCCUGGUCUUUGCCGAUCUGACGCCCGAAGAGAUGGUGCAAGUGGUGUGGUACCUGCAGGGAAACCUUGGGGUGCAGCUGGUUGAUGCUUCGCGUGCAAAACCCUCUGACAACUGCAUUGCCUCCGUUGACCUGCAGGUCCCCGCCCAGGCGGGGGGGCUGCGGUUCCUGGAUGGGGGAGGGGCUCGCCCCCCCCGAGAGGCGCUGGCUGUGCUGUACUUUGGGAACCAGCCAGACCCCAACAUCACCGAGUAUGUGGUGGGUCCGCUGCCGAUGCCAGCAUAUCACCGGGAUGUCACGGUACAGAAGUAUGGGGGGAAGGUGCCGUAUCACCGCAGACCAACACUGGCUGUUGAAUACAAACAGAUUGCAGGGUUUUUAAAAAGCCAAGUGUUCCCCACAGCUCCAUCUUUCAUGCGUCAAGUAAUGGAGUAUGAUGGAGCCAGUCUAGCAGCCCUGACAGCUGCUCCCCGUGGAUUCCAGUCUGGAGAUCGGAUCACCUGGUUUGUUUUAUUUCAGAAUGUGAGCGGGUUCUUUGUGCACCCAGUGGGGCUGGAGGUGCUGGUGGACCACAGCAGCCUGGACAUCUCCCAGUGGGCGGUGAGCAGGGUCUUCUACAACGGGCAGUACUACAGGGACAUGGUUCAGCUGGAGAGCGCCUACGUGCAGGGUCGCAUCAGCGUGCAGAAGGUGAGGAAAGCGCCGCGGGAUGGGGACUUCUCGUCCAUGAAGCCCCGAGCACCUUCGGCUGCGCUGUUCCCUUUGCAGUACGAGCCCCAGGGUCCCCGCUACAGCGUCAGGAACAACCACAUCCUCUUCCAGGCCUGGAGCUUUGCCUUUGGGAUGAGCGUGAACACAGGCCUGCGCCUGUUUGACGUCCGACACAAGGGGGAGAGGGUUGCCUAUGAAAUCAGCGUCCAAGAGGCGUUGUCGGUGUACGGCUCCAACUGCCCUGGAGGAAUGUCAACGAGGUACAUGGAUGGGAGCUUUGGCAUUGGGCGCUACACCUCCCCUUUGGUGCGAGGGGUCGACUGCCCCUAUUUAGCAACAUACCUGGAUGUGCACUACCUUGCUCAUUCCCAGGUCUCUAGAAUUAGUAAAAGUGCCCUCUGCAUCUUUGAGCAGAACCUGGGCUCCCCUCUGAGGCGCCACUACUCCAACUUGCAGUCACUCUACUAUGGGGGGCUGGUCAACUCUGCUCUGGUCGUUCGGUCCAUUGCGACUGUGGGCAACUAUGACUACGUGUGGGACUUCAUCUUCUACCAGAACGGGGCCAUCGAAGGCAAGGUCCAGGCCACGGGGUACGCGAGCUCGUCCUUUCUCCAUGGGGACGGUCUGAGAUAUGGCAAUAGGGUUUGGGAGCACACGCUGGGUACAAUACACACCCAUUCCAUCAACUAUAAAGUGGACUUGGAUGUGGGAGGUAGGUCUGGGUCUUCGUUUAAUGUUUGCUAUUAUACUGGUAAACCCCAGAGCUUUGGGGGAAUUCUUCCUCAUCUGUAGAGUCCCUAAUAACUGACAUCAGAACUCUGCUUUUUCACUCUCCUAACCUCUUCUUUCAUUGCAAAAUUAUUUUUCUGUGUACAAGACAGUCUGUCAAGGUCAUGGAGUUGAAGGCAGUGGGAAUUGUCUGGGAGCUCUGUGUUCAGCCCAGGGAAAGUAUGAAAGGUAGCAGCUGAAAAAUGUUUGUGUUUCCUUGAGGCCUCAUGUCUGGCACCCUGCGUGUUGCCAUAGGCAUGGCCAGGCAGACGGGGAGACACAGCCCUGUCUGCAGGACUGAAGGUCUGAGCCCGCUGUUGCUGCACCUGAUGCCGAGCCUGGCGCUUCUUGUAACUUGGAAAAGUCCUUUUUGUAUCUUGACUGCCCAGCGUAAAGCAGGGCAGCUGGACUGGUGCUCUGCAGGGCUGAGUUUGUGCAGCUUUAUCCCCGCUUCUCUUUUGAGGAAACACUUGGAAGCUGGAUCCUGCGUCUCGGGCUGCAAAGCCGCUGCAGUGAGCCAGUGAAUUCCCCUGCUCCUGCACAGAGUCACGGUUUUUGGCGGCGGUUCCCUGUGGAGGGUUAUUUGAGUCCAGGAGCAGCCUCUUGCUGCACUGUCUGGCGGGCUGAGCCGUGAAGUGCUGGCAUCCACCCUGGGAGGCGCAAGGAUGCUCAGCCUGAAAGGACAGCUUUGCUUCCCCUUAAAGGCCGUUCCAGUAACUGCAGUCCCAGAAGGUGCAAGGGCAGUGGUGGUGCUGUGGCCACAGGCUGGCAGCAUUAGGUGUCUGUUAUUGAAACCUGCUCCCGUAAAAGGUACGGGAAAAAAAUGCUUCACACCUGCACAGGACCAAACAGAUUGCUAGUGGGCAGUGGACUGCAUGUGUACCAGCCCGAGGAGAAAUAAAUGCAGCUCCAGGAACCCGUGCUGUCUCCUGGAUUGCGGGGAGUAAUCGGAGAACUACAUAUGUCAAGCUGCAGCUGACUCCAGUGCAAGCAUUCAGUCCUGGCAUGUGUCCUCUCUUGUACCUGCCUGUGAUGCAGCAGAGGUUUGUGUGGCCUUGAAAGGUGGUGCUGCUGUCAUUACAGUCAAAAACAGGACUGAUACUGGUUCCCUUCCUGGAAGCAAGGCUCAGAAACGUGCUAAAAUACAGUUCCUGCAUGGUGGUGGCAAGGUCCUUUUCUGUGACUGCUGUGCCCCUCAGUUCCCUGCUCUGUUUACAGACCGUGAGCCCUGGCUGCUGCAAAAUGCUCUUGAGAAGAGUUGUGUAAAAUCCCAGACUUGUUCCCCUUAGCGAGGGAGGGGAGCCCUGUCCCAAGCAGCAGGGCUCGGGGCCAUGCCGGGUGCUCGAGAGGCGCCCUGUGGGAUCCCCACCUUCCGAGCGCAGGGAAGGCAAAACUGCAGCACAGCAAAAAUGGGUCAUCUCCCACACAGGUUUCUUGGAUCCUGAUCUGAGGCUGGUGGGCGACCUGCAGAGAAAAAAGGCAAUUGUUCCCUGGCUGGAAGUGAGAAUGAAAACAUAAGUUCCUAAAUUAACAUGAUCGCAAGAGCGGUAAAUUGAUCCAGUGCUGUAGUGGUUUCAGCCCCUGUGCAGCCCCUCUGCCUGUGCUGCAAACCAUCUCUACCAGAAUGGUGUGAAGUGGACCACAAUCUCAGGAAAGCCAUCCUUGGCUGUCAGUGAUGUAUCGCUGCUGCCUCGUACGGGGCUGGGUGCAGUGGGGCCAGCCUUGCAGAAGCUGGUGGCCCUGCAGGAGCAGCUGCCUCACACCACAGUGGGGUGGCCCCAGCCCCCUCCUCACUGCCUCCAAAGGGCUGCUUGCUGCUCUCCUUGCCAGGGAAGGUCUGUUGUACAGUCAGGAGUACUGAACAGUUUCCUGACAGUGACCAUUUCUGUCUGUGACAGCUCUCGUCCAAGGAUCAUGUCCGCUGGAGUGGGGUCGGGAUGCCUGAAUGGGGACAGCUGUGUCCUGUUAGUCAUUCUGCAGCCUCUGCUCUUCCUGGUGCAGCCACUCCGGGUGCUGCCUGUCACUUGCAGUUGCUGCCAGGGGUUCGGAGAAUGUCUCCCUGUUCUUACCAGGGAGCUUCCUCCUGUCUCGGCUAGCCUGCCCACAGCUGGAGCCAGGCUGGAGCUGCCAUGUCCCUUCCCUCAGGGUUGGGAGGGACUUGGAGGCAACAGAUGAUGGGGACAGGGAGAACUGGCAUGUGGAGGUGCUGGGGAGCCGGCUGGUCUUGGGCGCUCCUGGAGUGCCAGCCUAGACUGGCCCUUCAGGGGAGCAGGGCUGGUCCUGGGGCACCAGGGUGCAGAAGGACCAGGCCAGCUGAGCCUGCCCCUGCAGCAUCGCUGAACUCCACAUGAGACGGGAUGGGGUGUCCUGGGAGAAGCAAAGGCCCCUUGGGCAGACUGAGGCUGGGGCUCUUUGUGGUGUCACCCUGCAGCGGAGAAACCCAUCAGUAGAUUGGGGAGUGAGUCAGGCACAGGCUCCCCAGCUGGCUUCCUCGGUGUGUCUGGGGUGGGGAGGAAACAGGCUGAACUGGCUGGGACCUGUGAUCUCCUCUCGGACUCCCAGGUGAGCUCCAGGUGAGCUCCCCACCUUGCAAGCAACGCCUUUACGCCCACAGUCAGCAAAUGAAUUAAGAGCCUGGUCUGCAGGGGGAGGCGAUCACCCAGCUGCGAAUCCCAGCCCCGCAUUGUGGAGAAGACAGGAUCCACAAGCCAGAGC